AUGAACCGCAGCAAGCCCUACCGCUCCAAGCCUCAAUUGCUAGUCGCGGCCUCUGCGAUCACCCGCGCCUGUGGCUCGGCGGAUCCCUCACGAAUUACAGUUCUGCACCAGCUCGGCGACGCCCUGCAUGCAUUCGAGGAGUCGCAGUUCGUAGUCAACGAGAUCAAGCCCAGCACUUUUACCUACACCGCGCGCGACCGAACCUCUGCGACCACCGGCGGCCAGCUCGAUGCCGACACCCGCGUCCGUUUCUAGCACGAACAAGGUGCGCGUGCCAUCUUUUCAGCUGUUGCCAGUGCCCUCAUCAAGCUGCCGACCAGGAUUGGUCCUCUUCGUCGUCGCGCCGUCGACUUGCUCACGGCCACGGGGAGCGCCACAGGCCCGGUCGUUGUCAUGUAGGCUGCCAGCAAUCUCCGCUCGCCUAUACCAGCGCUGAAGAGGCUCACUUGGUCUGAUUCGGACCACGGCAAUUUUGAAGCGGUGUGCGCCAUUAUUACCUUGGCCGACGUUUCCAACAGCACUAUCGCUGGAAGAGCGUGGCGAAAGACUAAGUCCUUUUUUUGCUGGGUACUCGCGUCCGACAAAAAUGCAAGCGCACUGAUCUUGCCUACGCUAUUGUCCAAAUUGUCCAGUCCUUUCCGAUGCAUGCCCCACCAGACGAUAGUUUGGUGGACGACCUGCUUUCUUUUGAUCUUCAAACGCCUACGUCGAGACAAGGGUGUGCUGGUGUGGGAUGCGCCCUUUUAGCCUCCGUGACAGCUCCGCAUCUAGUUUCGAGGGGCGCAAAACCAACCGAUGACGUGGUAAGUGCACGUGGACGCAGUUUGAGAACCGCCCCAAAAUCGACAGAGCGUGCAAUGUGGGCUGUGUUCAUGGCUCCCGCUCAAGUCACAGCUCGGCGGCCACCGUAGUGCCGACUUCUCAAAUACAGAAACUUGUGAGGCGGGACAUAGUUUCCAAAGAACCAGAAGGCAUGAUCAAUAAGCUCACAACACUGACAUGAUAAUGGAUGAGGAAAACGUAAGCGUGGGGGUAUCUGACGAGAUAUUAGAAGAUGCAUUGGUCCAAAUAGCGAAAACCGCAGGGCUGGAGCAGGGUCAUGUGGACGCUUCAAUGGCUGUUGCGAGCUUGCUGCGAAUGUGGAGAAUGGCAUUACCGACUGGUGUAUCAAGGAUUGUACCGCGAACUUCUGCCAGGUUGUUACCAGAAGUGUCAUCAGUGUCCGGUGUUUCGGCCUUGGUAGACGCAAUUUGGCUAGGUUUACUAAAGAAAUUGGAUCCAUCAUUGUCAUCCUCAA